CUGGCUCGGCGCAUGCGCACACGUGGCCUGCUCGGUCGUCUCUUCGGUCGCUAGCAGAGGGAAGCGUCGCCUCUUCGACCCGAAAAAGCUCCGGAGCGCUGCGGGAAAGUAAUGAGGUAGAAAGCCGGACAGAUAACUACACCAGCCCCGCGUGGAAAACACCCCGCCGCGAACAUGGACCAGCAGUUCGAGGACAUAGACUCCGAGGGCCGGUGGCAGAAACUCUACUUAGAUAUCAGGAAUCAGUCCCACGAGUGCGCCUACAAGGUGGCGAAGCAUCCAGAGAAUCGCAACCGGAACAGAUACAGAGAUGUCAGUCCAUUCGAUCACAGCCGGGUGAAGCUGGAGAACACAGAGAAUGACUACAUCAACGCAAGCCUGGUGCUGAUGGAGGAGGCCCAGCGAAGUUACAUAUUGACCCAGGGCCCACUCAGAAACACUUGUGGCCAUUUUUGGCUCAUGAUCUGGGAGCAGAAGUCGAAGGCGAUCAUCAUGCUCAACAGGGUCAUAGAGAAAGGCUCAUCACAGGAAAAGUGUGCUCAGUACUGGCCCACAUCUGAGGAGAGGGAGAUGGCCUUCAGAGACACACGCUUCGUGGUCACGCUGUUAUCAGAGGAUACCAAGUCUUACUACACCACCAGAGUGUUGGAGCUGCAGAAUAUUAAUACGGGGGAGAAGAGAGAGAUCUUCCACUUUCAUUACACCACAUGGCCGGAUUUCGGUGUCCCAGAAUCCCCGGCGUCCUUCCUAAACUUCCUGUUCAAGGUGCGGGAGUCAAGAGCGCUGGGUGCCGACCACGGGCCGGCUGUGGUGCACUGCAGCGCCGGAAUCGGACGGUCAGGGACGUUUUCAUUAGUGGACACAUCUCUGGUGCUGAUGGAUAAGAGUAAAGACUCGUCAUCAGUGGACAUCAAAAGCAUCCUGUUGAACAUGAGGAGGUACCGCAUGGGCCUGAUUCAGACCCCUGACCAGCUACGCUUCUCCUACAUGGCUGUGAUUGAGGGAGCCAAGUGCAUUAUGGGAGACUCCUCUGUACAGAACCGAUGGCGUGAGUUGUCCAGAGAAGACCAGGAGCCGUCGCCAGAGUCUCGUCUCUCCGCUCAGCCUCCGGCAAAAUGUCCGACGGAGCGAGUCAACGGCAGCCAACGAGGGGGUCAGCUGGAGGACGGAGAAGACUACAGGCAGGACGCAAAAGUACCUGCACAGUCCCCCUGCAAGGAACAGGAGCUGGACAGCAGCACAACACACAAGCGACGCAGAGAAGACAGCAUCUCUAAAUCAGAAACGGCAAAGACACCCCAAAGCAAGCCCAGGACAAAUGAGUCGGAGAAGAAGAGAAAAAGGUGAUUACAUCCUCUGGAUCCAAGCCACCUCGUAUUUUCGGGAACCAGUUUGGGCUGCAUUUGCUGCACAUGACAAGAGCAGGCCUGUCCAGCGGGGGGCAGCGUAUCUUUACCCCCUUCUGAGACAGCAACAACAACCACGAGGAGCACAUUUAGAGGAGGAAGUUUGCCCACAGCUUUUAAAAAGAACUCCCACUCUUGUACGUUGAGGUGUGUGUGUGUGUGUGCGCCUGUGUGUACUGUCUGUUGUGUUUUUCUCUUGGGGUUUUGUUCUUCUCUUUGUGAUCGCUUGGCUCCUGCGGUUUGGAGGUGUGUUGAUUUUGGCUGCACCCAAGCAUGGUGUGUGUGUGUGUGUGUGUGUUUGUGUAUGUUUGGCGUGUGUAUACGUAUACUCGUGGUUUUAAUGGUUGUUGAAGCUCUAAAAUAUCUGGUUCACAUGGAAUAAUAUAAGAUGCUAAUUUCCACUGUGCAUCAAACAGUAAAGUCGGAUUUUAUUGAGUGAGCGAGCACAAAACACGUUUACAAUCAGCAGCCACUGCUUUGAACAUGAAACUACCACUAUUAUGUGGGCAAGUAAGGUGGAUAAGACACAAUUGUAGAAUUACUGAUGAUCCUUUGACAACCGUAUUUAAGUUAAGUCCUUAAAGCAGACAUAUUAUGCUCAUGUUCAGAGUCAUCGAUUGAUCUGGGUCGUUGAAAAGUUUUACUUGCUCUUAUGUUCAGAAAACGCAUCACUUUCCUUUUACUAUCCAUUGCUGCAGCUCCCCAUUCAGCCUCUGACGAAAACACUUGUUUUUAGCUCCGGUCUCUCUAAGACUCCGCCACCAGAUAAAGCACAGUCUGCUCUGAUUGGCUGGCCGGCCGGCCCACUCUGUCUCGAUUGUUCAACUGUUUCCAGCUUGUAUAAGAAAUGUCGGCCUCCUCUCUCGCUUCUCUUGGCUUUGUCAUCAAAUCGGCCGGAUCACUGAUGAGGCCUUUUCACAAUCUGUGUUCUCCGCAGACUUUAACUUUUCAGACCUUUUAAAUGCUCAAAAAACGAUUAUAAAACACUAGUAGAAAGAAAAGUUGAACGAGCAUCAUACAACUCCUUUAAAAACCAUUUAAGAGUAAAUCCUUUUCCUGGUUGACGCUGUCAGUCUAUCGUAUCAAAUGAACUGGAGCUGAUGAAGGUUUGUUGUAUGUUCCUGUUUUGUUUUUUUCUGGUACCUCUUACUUUCACAGUUGUGAGGUCAUCGCGUUUCUUUAGAACCUUCGCAUGGCGGUGUGGAAGUUUGAAUUUAGAUUUUGGUGUUUGAUUGUCACCAGGGGAUUUAUAGUCAGGUCUAUGAUGGGUUUUGUUGAUGUUAAAAAUGCUGAAUGACCUGUUGAAAGAUUUGAAACUUUAUGUUGUUGCUUGUUGUAAAGGAUCAUGUUAGAUAUUCAGGGCUACAACUUUUACAAGCUUUUAAUAUCUGCUCAUUUAAAGACGGCAGUACAGGAGGCCCCAGUGCUCAUCUCAAGUUCCCAGAACUCUUACACAGAUCAAUAAACGCAAGAUACUCUAUUUACAAAGAUAUGAAACAGAAGAGAAGGGAACAUUUGCUUCAUAUUUGACUUGAACUAGUCUCAAAGUUCUUGACAGGGUGGUUUUUAUGUUCUAGCUCCACCAACCCUUCCCCAUCAUCCUUAGACAAGUCCUAGUUUAGCUUAAAGAUAAUAAAAACCUAAUUAUUUGCACGAUUAUAGAGAGAAAUAUUUGUAAUUUACAGCUGAAAACGUCUGAGCAGUGUGACAAGUUGCUUUUUAAACGCACAAUGGCUGCUUUUGCUUCACUGAUGAUCAAUCUAAUGAUUUGGACAAAGUGAUCUAAGACGCUGGAUUUUGCCACCUCCCCUAUUAUCAGGUGACCCCCCCACCC